AUGAGUGAGAUCCAGCGGAGAGUCGCCAUAAUUGGCGCCGGUGUUGCUGGGUUGACCCAAGCUAUUGCUCUCAAAACCAAGCUUAAAUUUCACAAUUUCACAAUAUUUGAGAAAGGGUCUGAAGUCGGUGGAGUGUGGCGGGCCAACACAUAUCCUGGAUGCUCGUCGGAUCUCGACAUCCAUUGGUACAGCUUAUCAACAGACCUUUACCCAUACUGGAACAAGUCGCAUGGCCUCCAACCGGAGAUUCAAGCCUACUGGAUUCGGCUCUCAAAGAAAUAUAAUCUGUACCCGCACAUCGCAUUCAACACGAAGGUGUUAUCUGCGGAGUGGGAUGAUGCCAAACAACAGUACACCGUCGUCGCGGAAGAUACCUUAUCGGGCAAGAGGACGAUGAGUAUGGCCCACGUCGUGAUAUCUGCCCUUGGUAUUAUGGAGGUCCCAAAUAUACCAUAUGAGAUCCCUGGAGUUAGGAAGUUCCAGGGAGCUUCGUUUCACUCUGCAAAAUGGCCAGAUUCAAUAGAUCUGCAGAAUAGGCAUGUCGCAGUGAUUGGAAAUGCCUCUUCCGGAGCACAAUUCGUACCAUCUGUAUCUGAAGAUUCGUCUGUUGAAGUAGUAAACUUCAUCCGCACCCCGACGUGGUUCCUGACUCGAGUGAGAACCUUUAUGCUAUGUUUAAUGGGACGACAACUAAACGAAGCAUAUAAGCCACAUGUUCCGUACUCGGACACUGCGAAAUGGAUCUUUGCUAACAUCCCCCUAGUGAUGCGAUUGCAUCGAGCUUGGAUCAUGUUCUGGUUCGUUGCUCCCCUUCAUCUACCCAUGAGUGAUAAGGCUCUCCAGAAACAACGUGACGCAAUGUCGAAAUAUAUCCUUGAUAACGUACCAGAUAGAUACCGUCCUCAUAUGAUACCUGAUCAUCCUCCAGGUUGCAAGCGGACUGUCGCGGACGGUGGUUUCCUGGAAAGUCUCCAUCGCUCUAACGUGACACUGAACUUCGACGGAAUCGCCGAGAUAGUGGAGAAUGGCAUCAUUACAAAAACCGGUGAAACGUUGCCAUUUGAUGUCAUUGUAUACGCCACCGGAUUCAUCGGCGAGCGGUUCCCGAUGCACGUUCGUGGCUUGAAUGGGGCCACUGUCCAAGGCUAUUAUGAUGCACGCGGUGGCCCUACCGCAUACAUUGGGACUGCGAUUCCAGAUCUACCAAACUUUUACUUGAUCAAUGGGCCAAAUACUGGCACACGAACAUCGGCGGUGUUCAUUGCAGAAGUGCAAGUUGCAUACAUCCUUCAACUCAUAGAGCCGGUCCUCACCGGAUCUGCCUCAUCUUUCACCAUCAAAGACACACCCACAGAUACAUAUAAUGCCAAGAUACAACAACAGCUCUCUCGCUCGGUGCAUGUACACUGCCACUCUUGGGCGCGUACAAACGGCACAGACAAGAUAUUCUAUCCGUUUCCUUGGCCUGCAACGGUUUGGUGGUGGUUACUCCGUAAACCAAAUUGGGAUCAUUAUAUAGCAGUCGACGCCGAGAAAUGGGUAUGGGCAAGGCGAAUCAAGGUUAUUAAGAAACUUUUGAAAUGCAGCGCAGUCUUUACGCUAUUAUGGUCAUGUAUCAGCCUGCGCCGCAGAUUUGACACGAUACGGCAGGCGACUACCAUGACUUGUGACUACUUGAGUAAAUUCUCCCUCCGUCUUUAA